CACAUGAAGACAUGGAAGUGAGAAAUUUGUUAUCGCUUCUCAUGCGCAGCAUGCUUGAAUCGGAAAACACCCCGAGUGUAGAAAGUGCAAUCCAAACCUAAACUUAAAUACUACAAAACUGACAACUCAACAGUUUUCUCAGCUAAACCACGCGAAACGCGCCCAUUGACAUGAUCGGUUCGGUGUGGAGUGACACUGUUUUCGUAAUGAUGUUGAUUUUUUCUUCGAGCAUUAAUUUUUCAUUUUUAAUGCAAAUGAUAUAAAUGUUUCGUGUGAGCUUAUUAUACAGAUUGAACGAUUGAUCUCGAUUAAACGAUUGUCUCGCGAGUUAUAUCAUUUUAUACAUACUACUUAUUAAGUAACUGUGAUAACUUAGUCAUAAUAUGCGUCAUCUCUGUGCUACGUUCUCAAUUGCCCAACAAUUUCUUUCGAAAGUUUUCGAAAGUAAAAUUAUGGCCGUAGCGCAAGGAAACUCAUAUUAAUUCAUAUUAAUAAUGGUAGCUACUGGAAUCACAGUUUUGAUGGCAGCUAGUGAGGAGAAUUUGUCAAGUAAAACGGAUGGUGCUACAGCACACUUGGUAAACCAAAAUACUUGUUCGCAAAAUAGUGAAAUACAGCAUUAUGGUCAAAAAAGUAUUGAAUCAUUGAUUAAAAAAGAUGUAACAACUUGUUCAUCAAACAUUAUAGAAAAGAAGCAAUGUAGCCUUACAACAGAGAAGAAUAAUAAAAUAAUAUCUAAGAUAGAGCCUAAGGAGAGUACUAAAAAUUGUUCAAUUUGUAAAACUGCUCAGAUUCGCGAGACCAGAACUUCUAGAUUACGAGCUGCUUCUAAAAUGUUACCUAAUGAAAUAGAUGUAACAUUAUCUAAAAAAUGUGGAUCAGAAACUCCUGGUUCUCAGAAACACAAUUCAUCAGCUAAGCAAAAAAAUUCCACAUCUUUAGAUAAUAGUGUCACCGUGAAUCCUGUCAAGGAAAGAGAUAAAAGCUACAAACGCAAAUCUUACUUAAAUAGGUCACGUCCCAUAGAAGUAGUUUCUAUUAAUCAUGCAAGUGAUGCCGAUUAUAAUGAGAGACGCUUCAGAAGGCAAUCUAACAAACAGAGUCAAGUGUCAGAAAUAGCAAGUUCUGUUGACUCUUGUAGUAAUCGUCAAAUGACAAUUGCUAGUCCACGCAGAAGAUACAUUGAUUUAAAGGUAACUGAAGCCCAAUGUAGUAACAUGAAGAAUCUCUCCAAAACUUCCUCAUCAUCUUCUAUUGCAUCUACUACCAACACAAAGCGUUCUACUAUACAGCAGCCUAGUAGUGACGAUUCGGAGGUUUCACGUAAAGUGGAUGUGUUAACGGCGCUAACGCGAGCUACCAUGGAACGUGUGGAAAGACUUGCAUCUGCAGGUACAAAUUGCACGAAUCGCACAAACGAAAAAGUGUCAAUGUCGCCAAAAAAAUACACCGCAUCUAGGCACGCUCCGGUUUCGAUCCUGAAACAUAAAACGAUCGAUGGCGAAGGAAGCGAACGUCAAACAUCAUCGUGCAGUAAUUCCUCUCACGUACCGUCACCAGUAACUUUCUCGUCGUCUAUCGUGGAAUCUGCUUCACAUAAGAGGCACGGUAUCCUGAAGAAACGAAGCAGUCUGGAUGAAAGUGAGAUAUUACGUCGUCGUAGCUGUUCUCCCGAUGUUUUUUUUGCCGACAACAUCUAUUCGGAAUUUCGACCAAUCUUGAAGAAUCAAAGGCGAUCAUCGUUGGACGAGAUCAUUAAGAGGGAUCAAAGUCCCGAUCAACAACCCGCUUCCAUAUUGAAGCGCAAAUCGUCUAGAGAGGAUGACAGAGAGGUUCAUCAAUUGCCAUUAGGAUCUCCGGAACCGCAGAGUAUUCUAAAACGAAAACUCGCAAACAGUGUGCGUGCUAAUAGUGUCAGUCACCAUGUGACCAUCGUGUCGGACGUUGCAAACACGAAUGCAACUGGAAGCACAAGUGCUAAUAUGACCGCGAACUUAGUUUCCGAUAGUCUUGAGGGAUCCGAAGUGAGACCGAUAUUGAAAAAAAAAUACGGCAAGGAGGAAUUGACCGGAGGUGACGUUUCGUCUCUCGAGCCACGGCCGAUCCUGAAGAAGAAAUCGAGUACAGAAUCGGAUGAGCACGAGCAUGACAGACCGAAGAAAACGAUCUUGAAAUCUUCGCGGAAAAAUUCAUACGAAGAGGGCGGUUACGAGACGGAGUCGACUUCGCCGAGGAAGUUGUCUGCACUGAAGAAUCGGGCAACCGAGAUCGAGAGCGUACGACCUAUACUGAAACAGUCGAGUCGUUAUCACGACGAUACCAAUUCAUUUCUGCGGAAGAGAGCGCAAUCCGUAGGUCACGCGCGAUCCAUGAAUGACAACGACUGUGUCGAGUCAAUCCGGGCUUUAGCCAAACGAAGGUCUCUCGAGUCAAGUUCACCAAUCGAUGUGUUGUAUACACCGACAAUUGCAAGUCGCAGUUUGACAACCGAUCUGCCCAAUGUAUGUGACAACUCUUAUGCAGAAAAUAGUUUUACAAUUGAAGAUGGUAAGCCGUCGUGUGGAAAAUCCUGUCAAAGCAAACAAACUCAUAUGAAUAUGGAGGAGAAGACUAAGACAGACUCGUCUGUAUAUUUCCUGAAGCUCGAUGAUGCCAACAUAGAUAGUCGCGAUACGAUAGAGAUUCUUACUCGCACGGUUGACAAGAAAGAGAUUGCGAGGGACAAGGAGGGACGGCGGGAUACCCAGGAGAAUUAUGCCACUGUUCAUUGUAGCAGCGUGUCAAAAAUGACACAACACUUCAAGACUCUGCAGGAAAAGGUCGGCUCUUCUACGGCUGCGGAAAAUGAAUCUCAGCGUAAAACUCUACAGAAAUCGUCGCGUGGUGUUCAACGUUAUCGCGAGCGCAAGAUACAAGGGGGCGAAAGAUUCAACACGCAACCUGUAACUUCCCAGGAAGUGCGCGAGGCAGUUUUGCAGAAUCAACGCAACACCGCGUUGGGUGUUUCGGGCCUUGUUGACGAGCCUGAGCCAUCGAAACUCAGCUUAGCCGAACGCGUGCGAUUCUUCAAUCAAAAAAUCGCAGCCACGGAUGCUGCCCCGCACCAGGAAAGAUUUACUCAGAAGAAACGAUUGGCCGCGCGUUACAAAACACAGCCUGUAACUUCCGAGGAGGUCGAAGUGGCAUCUCGGAUAUCCCCAUUGAACGUAGAUUAUCAAACUCAAACCUUGAUUGGAGAACAUUCAAAAGAAUAUGAGAGACCACUUCAUAUAUCGUCGAUUGUAAGCACGUCGUCACAGCACGAUUUACCAAAAGGUAUUCUAAAGUCAUCCAUCGGUCAUACGAAAAAUCAGUGCAUUAAAACUCCAGAACUGCAGACUAUCGAUAAGUCUGUUAAAUUGAUAAGACCUGUGCUCAAAAGGGAAUCUGAGGAAUCGGAACAACCAGCUAUCUUGCCGAACUCCGAAGUGUAUCUUCGUUCUAUUCUAAAAACUAAUCUUAACUCGAGGGCCACGAAUGACGCAGCAACAUCGAGAAGCGAGGGAAGCUCAAGUGACAUCGAGAGCCAAACUCAAAGCGAUGAAACUGCUAAAUUCUGCGAAAGAUUAGAUAAUUCCGAUAUAACGAAACACAGUUUGCAAUGUCUCUGCGACGAUGCGCGAACUACUGUUGUUAAGAAAAGCGAUAACGUCGAAAGCAGAGCUACAGUGCCUUCUCAUAAAACUGCGAUACUUCGAAACGAGAGAAACCUGUCGAAUGACACAAAUAAUUAUCAAAUUGAUACUGUAUCUAGCAAGAUAAUAAAGAGAUGCAAUGAUAAAAGACACAACAAUUUAUCGAUGGACGAAUCGAAUAAAACGUCGGAUGUUUACGAUGACAAAGACGAUGACAAUGAUGAUGAUGAUGAUGAGAAAGAGAAACUGGAAGGAACGUUAGCAGAGCAGAAAGACGAUGGUGAUCUUAACGACGCGUCGUUGUCUUCCAACGAACAUAAGGCAGAUGAAAAGCAGACUAAUGUCACACGAUGUUCUAAUUCUUCCAAGAAUGCCAAUCAACCAUGUCGCAGUGCGACCCAAGUGAUAACAUCAAUAGAGACGAGCGAAAAGCCGAGCGUGAGUAUCGCUGAUCGACUGGCCGCAUUACGUCAUUGUGGCAACACAAGUUGGAGGCAACGUGUAGGUGAUGGCAAGAUUAACGAAGACAAUUUACCAUCGAGUUCAGAGGAGAACGCGGCGAUCAAGUCGGGUGUCUUGGCCGAGUGCAUGGAAAAGUUGGAGUCCUCCAUGGAAAGCUGGAAGAGCAGAAUCGUGACACCAGACGCGAUCAAUUUCACUGUCGCUGGUAAAAUGAAGGUGGUCCGAUCGAAGGAUGACAAUUCGUCCUUUCUCACGGAAUCCACGACGACGAAUAUUUUAAAUCAGAAGAAAAAGAUACCACGUCCGCAGCGAUUCAAAACGAAAAAAGGUGCAAUAUCGACUCCUUCAAGUCCCUGCAAAGAUUUGUUGUCUUCUACUAUGCCUACGAGUUUCUCUGAACCUGCCAGCGACGAUAGUGGUGAAGAAUGUAAAACAGAGUGUAUCUUGGUGCCAACUGUCUCAGUCCUUAAAACGGAUGACGAAACGUUUACCUCUUUCUUUAGUGGCAUAUCAUUGGAAAAGUGCGAGAACGAGUAUCUUAAUUUGGAUGAAACCGACUUCGAUACAAUUACACCACACUCCAAACUAUCAGUGCAAAAACGGAACAUACAAAUGCAACGUCGACGAGCCGCCUCGAGAAAUCCUCUUAAAGUUCUCGCUGCACGGACCGAUUUAAGAACGGAAUAUACCGAAAUUCGCACAGACAUUGCGAGAACAAUGAGGAACUUGAACGUAGAGAAAUCCACAAAUUCAUCUUUCUCCAUUGAGGCUCUCGCUGGUUUAGCUUCUACCGAAGAUUUUAGCUCAGUGACUCUGAAAAAUGUAUCGGAAACAAGCGUAGUCACAAAUAAACUGCAACCGUAUAAAGAUUUAAUGCUGAUUUUAGUUAAAGGAAGACGACAUGUUCAAGCUAGGCUGGUCGAGCCUGUCGCUGAAAGUAUCAAUAGCGGUGAUAAUUUUAUAUUAGUAACGAAGUCGGAGAUUUUCAACUACAUAGGGAAAUACAGCAAUGUCAUUGAAAAAACCCGUGCUGCUGAGAUUACAUUGAGUAUUCAACAACGAAAAGAUCUAGGUUGUCGUGCGACUAAAGUUAUUUCUAUAAACGAAGACAAAUUGAACUGCACAAGGGAUCAAGUCCAACGAUUUUGGAAUUAUCUUGGUGUGCUCAAUGGUGAAAAAUUCAAUGUUGUCGAGGCAGGCAACCCUGAUGAAGAUGAGCUUUAUGAAUCUGCUAUUAUUGAUACAAAUAUGGUGUAUGAAUUGAAGAAUGAACAGUUAGUGCCGCAUGAAAAAUUCUGGGGUACGUUACCCAAGAUUGAUAUGCUCAAUAAGAACAAGAUUCUGGUAUUUGACUUCGGCACCGAGAUGUACAUUUGGAGUGGCAAAGGAGUCACGACAGACAAGAAGAAGCUCGCCACGCGACUCGCUACGGAGAUGUGGAACGACGGAUACGAUUACAGCGAGUGUACCGCUUGUCCGAUUAACGCAACCCGUAUAAUCGGUAAUCGGAAAAGUGCGAGCUCGUCAGAGAAAAAGUCGGCCAAGAGCAGACCCGACUGGUGUCUACUCGCUAAACUGACGCAGCACGUCGAGACGAUACUCUUCCGGGAAAAGUUUCUUGAUUGGCCUAAUGUCAGCAGUGUGACAAAGGCACGAGGUCGAAAGGACAGAACGACGAUCGAUGGUGUUGUUACUAUGCACGUGGAUGAUAAUGACGAUAUGUGGUCGAACAACACUCCCGUUGAUUUUAUCUUGGAAGGAUGUCAUUUAGGUAGAGGCACUGGUUGCUAUGAUAACGAGUUAAAGAAAGAUUAUAUCGUUGCUACAACGAGCGUGAUGGUAUGGCAUAUUGAUGAAUUCUCACAUACACUUUUAGAUAAAUCAUCCAUUGGACAAUUCUAUUCUGGUGAUAGUUAUAUCAUUCAAUGGAUAUAUUCUGUUACGAUUACUGGUAGAGAACUUACUGGUCUGCCAUCUAAACAUUUAGCAAAGGGUCGCGAUAGAUCUGUAUCUUUUAUUUGGCAAGGCAGAAAUGCAUCCUUAAACGAACGAGGUGCUGCAGCAUUACUAACAGUUGAAUUAGACAAUGAUCGAGGCCCUCAGAUUCGUGUUGUCCAAGGGCAUGAGCCAGCUGCAUUUUUAAAUUUGUUCUCUGGAAAGAUGGUGAUACACAGUGGCAAGAAAUCUGAGAAAAAACAUGAGAAACAAAGGAGAUUGUACAUUUGUCGAGGUACUUUAGAUUCUGAGACAUUUUUGAUCGAAAUCUCUUGUAGCACUCGACAAUUAAGAAGUAGAGGUUCCUUUAUAUUGCUAGACACCGAAAAUGCAAAAAUAUACGUCUGGCAUGGAAACAACUCAUUACGCCAUGUUAGAGAGAAUGCGAUAAAAGCGGCAAACAAAUUAAAAGAAAAUCGACCUGAAGAAGCCGGGUUAUCGAACAAGAACAUAGAAAUAUGUGAAAUUCAAGAAGGUUUGGAACCCGAAGAAUUUAGUAAUGCAUUAGGUGGUAUGAAUAAAAAGUUGUAUUGGUCGUUAGAAACAUCUGAAAUACAAGAUCAUACUCCAAAGCUUUAUCAUCUAUCGAGUAUCUCUAAAACUUUCCGCGCAACGGAAAUAUUAUGCCCACAUCGUACAUCGGACCUCACGACACCAUUUCCUUUUUUACAAGAUGAAUUAUAUCAAGCGAAUCAACCAGCUUUAUUUUUAUUGGACGAUAAAAACGUGAUUUGGAUUUGGCAAGGAUGGUGGCCUGAUAAUGGAACAGAAGAUCAAUCUGGAAGUAAAACUGUCCGUUGGCAGGCUGAAAGAAGAGCAGCGAUGACGAUAGCGAUACGAUAUUGGCAAAAGACUCGAAACACACAAACAACGAAUCUUCCAAUAUACUUAGUAUGGGCUGGUUUAGAACCUUUGCAAUUUAUAAAUCUCUUUCCUGAAUGGAUUUAUCGGGAUGAUGUCGCUGAGUUAAAUAUAGAGGAUGGUCGGAAUCCAGGAGAAGUAUUAACUGCGGAAGAUGAAUUAGCUCGUUUAACGCAAAGCAUCUAUCCUCCUGCUCAAUUAUUGCAAAGACCUCUACCUGAUGGAGUCGAUCCUACACACUUAGAAUUAUAUUUAUCUCAACAACAUUUUCAAGAGCUAUUGGGGAUGAGCAAGGAAGAAUUUCAACAGCUUCCAAACUGGAAACAAGUGAAUCUUAAGAAAGAAAUAGGAUUAUUCUGAUGUGGAUUGAUUAUCUACGCUGCAAUCAGUAGCUUUGUUUGUAAAAUGUUCGAGUAUUCCUUAAUUGUUUUCGAUAUUUAUACGGUAUUUAUAUAAUUUAAAAAUUGGAAAAAAUUGUUUCUAAAUGUGAUUUUUUGUUAAAGCUUGCUAUAAAACGAAACAUUUUGAUCGAGUACGUUAACGACGAUAAACUUAGUGUAAUAAUUAACCACGAUUAAAAAUACGGCCGGAAACAUUGCCAGCGCUAUUUGAAUUAUGACGUAUAUAUAUAGAUAUAUAUGAUAUAUAAUAGGCAUACGGAUACAGAUGAUUAUAUAUUUUUAAUACCUAUUACAUACGAAUCUGCUUGUGAAACAUUUUCUUUAUAUUUGUAUAAUCUUUAUAAAUUUACGUAUAUGAAUGA